AUGUCCCAACCUGACUGGCAGACGGUUGUAUCUGACAAGCGGGCGACCCUCGCUGCGAAGAUACCUGUGGCCUGGCGACUCACGUCUAUACCGCCAGUCGCCGAGCUUCGCAACUGCGUUGAUCUCCCUCGCCAGUACAUGAGCGAGCGGUUGUAUGCUAUCACAGAGACCACGGAUGUCAGCAUUCUCUUGAGCAAGAUCGCGAGUGGCGAAUACACGUCGUACGAGGUCACGGAGGCUUUCUGCCAUCGCGCUGCGAUUGCUCAACAGCUGGUCAACUGUCUUACGGAGAUCAUGUUCGAAGAAGCCCUGCAACGAGCCAAGGAACUGGAUGAGUACCUGCGCAUCAACAAGGAGACCGUUGGUCCUCUGCACGGCCUGCCCAUAUCGCUCAAGGAUUCCUUUCGCGUGAGAGGGACGAACUCUGCCAUAGGACUCGUCUCUUUCUUGGACGUCUUGGACACAGCUGAAUCGGAGUCGUUCAUCGUGAAAGAGCUUCGUGAGCUCGGUGCUGUCAUCUACGUGAAGACGACUACGCCCAUUGCCGUCUCUCACAUUGACGGCUACAAUAAUAUUACGGGUCAGACGCUCAACCCUGUGAAUAGACUCAUGUCGUCUGGAGGCUCUUCCGGUGGCGAGGGCGCUUUGAGCGCAAUGCACGGAAGCAUACUUGGUCUUUCGACUGACAUCGGUGGUUCAAGCCGCGUUCCUGCUGCUGUCAAUGGGGUGUAUGGCCUUCGGACGUCGGUCGGUCGCCUUCCGUACCUUGGCGCUAGAGACCUGAUCAUCGGCAAUAUUCCACGUCCCUUUACCGUGGGACCAAUGAGCGCGAAGCUAUCGAACUUGGACCUCCUCACGCGAGUCAUCCUAUCUCGCAAGCCCUGGCUUCAUGAUCCGAACGUCGUCGAGCUGCCAUGGAGAGCCGAGUCCUACGACGAGGUCGUGAGUCGAGGACGCGCUGGAGGACUGGUCUUCGGCAUUAUGAUGUCUGAUGGCGUUGUUACGCCACAACCUCCAGUAUUGCGGGCUCUGAGAGAGCUUCGAGAACGACUCGAGGCGGCAGGACAUGAGGUCAUCCUGUGGGAGCCUCCUUCUCAUGCUGAAGCGGCAAAAAUUUCGACCACUAUCUUCUUCGCAGACGGCGGACAAGCCAUUCACAAAGCGCUCGCAUCAUCAGGUGAACCCCUGAAUCAACUCGUCAAGGAUUACUUCGGUGAGACGCCGCGCCCGGAAGUAUCGGCAUCCGAGCUGUUCGCCGCAAAUGAGAAACUGUACCAGUACCAGUCUGCGUACGCAAAGUACUGGAAUGAGACCGCGAAGUCCACCAAGUCCGGUCGUCCGGUGGACUUUGUCUUGUUCCCUGCUUUUCCCGCGCCUUGCUUCCGGCCUGGUCAGUCUGGCCUCUACGUUGGAUACACGAUCGUUGCAAAUUGUCUCGACUACACAGCUGCAGUCGUGCCGGUCACCCGCGUUAACAAAUCCGUUGAUCUUCCCAACUCAUCCUUCGUCGCUCUGAACGAACGCGACCAACUCGUCCAGUCUUUUUAUGAUCCGGGAGACUUCCAUGGGUCACCCGUCGCAGUUCAAAUCAUGGGGCGCCGACUGCAGGAAGAGCAGGUGCUCGCGGCUGCGAGAGUGAUCGAUGAGCUUGUCCAUACCAAAUCUAGUACAGCAAGACCUCUGUGA